CUCUGCCCGCCAUGUCUGAUAUCCAGCUGUAUUUGUUCGAGCACGGCAAGAACAAAGACGAGGCCGCCCGCAUAGCUGCUCAGACGGCCCAACGCCUCGAGAGCAAAACCCUCAAGCUUUUUGAGCUGGUAGAGUCGCUCGGCGAAUACCUAAACAACGAUGACACCCAGACAAGGGCAAAGGCAAUGGCCUACCUGGCCGAAGUCUUGUCCGCAACGCCGCAAAAGAUCUUUACCAGACAACACCGAAACUUGCUUUGCGACUUCAUCCUAUCCCGGAUAGUAAAUGAUGGAGAGGGGCUUGAGACACCCCCUUGUCUUUCUUCUUGCGCAAAAGGGCUCAUGGCUCUUGAAGAACGAGGCCAAUGGGAAAAAGAAAGGGUCCAAACAGUCCUUACAACUUUCAUCGAUAACACCCACCCUCUGCGCAGGUUUAAGCAGCAGAGCGAGCGCUACUCAGUCCUUCAACUUAUAGAUUUGCUUGUGGCCAAGUACAGGGAUGCAGUGCACAGCAUUCACCAGACUUCUCCAGACUUCCUGUCAAACUUCAUUUCUUACUUUGACGGAGAAAAAGACCCUCGCAACCUAAUGGUGGUCUUCUCCAUUCUCAAAGUCCCAAUGGCUGAAUGGACUGUAGGCGCAGAUGCGCAGGACCUCUUCGAUGCCGUCUUCAAUUACUUUCCCAUCACAUUCAGACCUCCGCCAGACGACCCUUACGGCAUCACGGCGCAACAUUUGAAAGAUCGUCUACGGGAGUGCAUUGCAUCGACUGGAGAGUUUGCACCGUAUUCUUUCCCGGCGCUGCUGGACAAGCUUGACUCGACCUCCAUGAACACAAAGCGAGAUGUGCUCCAAGCAAUCAUUUCAUGCGUUCAAGAGUAUGGUCCAACGACAAUCUCAUUGUAUUCAGUCACGUUAUGGGAUGCAUUGAAAUUUGAGAUUCUGAACUCGCAGGAGGAAGAUCUGGCAGAAGAAGCCUUAGCGGCACUCGCUGAGAUUGCGAAGCAGCUUUCGCAAAACAGUGCGGGUUCAUUGAACGCCUACCUCAAGCCAAUCGCUAAAGAAAGCAACGAGCAUCUCGAAGAUGCACCGACCAAGCAGUCGGCAGCGUCAGGGCGUAUCCUCAACGCAGUCGCCAAGGUUUCGCCAGAGGUUGCGGACUACAUGAUUGGAGCGAUACUUCCUAACCUCUUCACACUAUAUCAGACUUCCGAUACCAUGGCGAAGAGGAGAGGACUUGUCGAAGUCCUAGCACAGCUCAUCCGGGCAGACAUGGAAGUUUAUGGUCAAUGGCGGGUAGUGGAAGCGCCUGUGCUACAGUCAGGAGGCAGGACGCCAAACAACGCGCUCUUGAGAUUCAGGGACCAAGCACUAGAACUGAUGAGCAACGGCCUUGCGACUGCACCUCUCAAGGAAGUGUCUUUCCGACUGGCCACUAUGGACGGGCUGCUGCAGCUCAGCAAAGACCGCCUGGUACUCAACGAUGAGGACGUUGCUAAAAUCAUCAAACUUUUUCACGAUGUCGUUAUCUCAGAAGAAUCCUAUGGCAAGGACGAGAUGAAGACUGCCGCCAUCGGUGGUCUCGUCGAAAUUGCCCAUCAAAAACCUCAACUCGUAAUUGAGAAGGCUUUCCCUGCCUUCAUGGUAGAGUUGCCCGACAAUGACACCGAUGGUUCAGAUACGUAUGUUCCGGUUCUUGAGGCUUUCGCAAAACUUGGUAGCGAAGAGCAGAUCUUCCAAACUGUUGUCCUCCGUCUCAAGAACAAGCUGAAUGCAGCUGUGCAACAACAAGCCUCACAGAGGUACAUAAUUGCCUUGUUAUCGGCGAUGCUUUAUGCAUUCUCGCAAGGUUCUCCAAAACUCGAAGGGACCGCGGAUAGUUGUCCGUACUAUGAUGAUAUCAUCGUACCCUUACUAUUACAGAUCUUUGCCCCCGAGUCAUCACAAGCGUUUGACAAUGAGACCGCCCUCGACUUAAUUGGUCGCCUAUCCAACAUCAUCCUGCGCAAACAGCCCCUUCAUAUCCAAACUAGCAAGAUCUCCACUGAGACAUACAGUCUCUUUUCAGGAGAAAAGCCAGAAGAGUCUCCUCCCUUCAACAUGGAGAUCACACCUGAGAGGAGGCGUAAAAUCAUCGUUUCCACGCAUAUCCUUGCGGCUCUUAGGAGGGAAGCGACGUUGCCAGUGGAAAGCAAAGUCGUUUUAACGUCAUUGCUAAAACUCGCUGUUCUCGACGACGUCUCUCCAAGGAUACGGCUGGCCACCCAAUGCCAAGUUUCUCUCAUUGUCAACAAAUUUAUUCCAACUGCAGAGCUCAAAGAGACCAUUGGUGGUAUUCUCUACGAGCCUCUCAAUUUGUUUGGCUCAGACGGAUUGAAUGAGCAAACCAUCCGCGUCAUUUUCGCCAUCAUCAAAGGUCUUGCUCUGCGUAAUGCGCCUAUUCUAUCAACAACACUCCCCUCUCUCCUCAAUCUUCUCACCGACCCUAAGCAUGGCCUCAUUGUUGCGCGCGGCUUUUCCAGUAUCUUGCAACCGGAUGAUAUUUUGACCAAAUACAACUACUGCCAGGUAUCUGGGCUGCACAAACAAAAGGUCUUCAACCUUGUGGUUCCAGAACUGGCAGCUUCUUUCAAGGAUGCCGCCUCGCAUACCAAGGCACAUUACCUGAUUGCACUGGCCGGCGUGUUGCGAUGGCUGCCUUAUGGCAUCAUCGAGCCAGAGCUGGGCUCAUUGAUACCGCUUUUACUGCAGUCGCUGGACCUCAACGCUGAGGAUGACGUUAAGAAAGCGACCAUCGACACACUCAUCGCUAUCCUUGGCAACAAUCCGAAGUCCAUCGAAGAGCAUGCCAGUAGCCUCAUCAGCCGUCUGCUGACCACAGCCACCACCAAGACCAAUCCGCCAGCGGUGCGCGCUGUCGCACUGAAGUGCCUUAGCCUAGUCCCCACGCAGUUGAGGGGUGAAGUCGUGCUGCCGUUCAAGAGGCAGGUGGUGAAGAAAUUGACCGCGGCGCUAGACGAUGGGAAGAGAGCAGUCCGAACCGAAGCAGUACGCUGCCGAGGAAGUUGGUUGGCGGCGGAUGAACCAGAUGACGAUGACGAUUAGGGUGAGAAAGGUAGGGAUGGAUGGAAUAGAAAGAUUUCUGAAGGAUUAUUGCGUAGGUAGGGAAUAGAUUUUUCUUCUUUACGUCAAAGAUCCAUAUGUUGAUCCUUCUUCUCUGGUCAAUUGAACUAUACUUCAACAGAAAGUCAGCCGGUAGACGAGGUUUGUGCUCGCCAAUGUUUGCUUUUGAUUGAUCGCAGAGAUAUUUCGUCGCGAAAUAAAAGCCAUAAAUUGUUGCCAACGCUGAAAAUAGUUUGUACACUGGUCG